ACUGUCAAAUCUGUCAGGAAAUGUCAUAACCUUUCCGCAUCACAUGAUCAAAACUUUUGUUCCCGUGAUCGUCGCACUAAAAUUCAAAUUAUUUGCGGAAUAUUUACUAAAUUUCAUGAGCGAACGUUCUUGAUGCUAUGGCUAAAAGGCUGAAGCAGGAGAUCGUAAAAGAGGAACUUCAAGAGAAGAUUAUCUUGAACACCAUUAAGGAAAUGGACAGUGAAGAUGAACAUUGUACGGUAGACCAGAUGGCCCCACAAACAUUGCUUGAGGAUGCUGAUGGUGAAGUACAGUAUACUUCUGAAGGUCCGAUAAUAACAUAUAGGGUGCUACAGGUGGGAGGCACCUCAGAUGACACAGGGGACAGUCAGGAAUAUUUAACAACCACCAAUUCGGGGUUUGCAAGUACAACGACAAUACCCCAAGUGAUAUCUAGUUCAAAUCUUAAUGGGCAAUUGUACGUUUUGGGUAGCCCGGAACAGUACAAUGCUAAUAGUGUUGGAAGGCCUAUAGCACCCAGACCGCCUAUUUUGGAUACUUCGGUGGUGGUACAAGUAAAAAAGAGAGACGAAAGAAGACGAGCGACCCACAACGAAGUCGAGAGGCGACGCAGGGACAAAAUCAACAAUUGGAUCGCGAAACUGGCGAAAAUUCUGCCGGAAAGUCCGCAGGACGUCAAGGGCAACGGCCAAUACGACGGGCAUUCGAAAGGGGGCGUGUUGGCCAAAGCGUUCGAGUACAUAAUCGAACUGCAGGCGACGGAGACGCGAUUGGGCAGCUGUUUGAAAGAAAACAAGAAACUCGCGAACGCGGUAGACCAAUUGAGAAAUAAAAAUUUCGCCCUGGAAGCGGAAAAUAUGGAACUGAAAGAGCUGUUAAAGAAACACGGGGUGGACGUUGACGGUUCAUAGCUUCUUUUUUAAAUUUAAAAUUAGUUAUUAAGAAUUGUUUGAAAUGAGGAUAUAAUUAUUUAUUCUCGUAAUAAUAAUAGUAAUAAUUUUUUACUAGGUAUGCAAGUAAUUAAGAUUUAUCUUAUCUUGGAAACUGGUAAGUGCUAAAUGGUUUAAUAGAAGUUAUUUUAUGUGCAAUAUAAGGUGUCUCAGUAGUUUAUUUUUAUAUAUUUUUUGACACCCUGUAUCAAACUCGGAAUAAUGAAGAGGAGAAUUCAAUUAGAAUAAAUCCUGUUGUUGAGAUACAGUGGCCAGUUUCUAAGAUUUAAGGCAUAUCACAACCUCUAGUAACUAUUGGUAGGCAUAAUAUGACUUAUAAAAAGCAUGGUGUAUCCAAGUUUCUGUUUUAACAAACUCUCUUGCGAAGUGUGAAAUUUCAUAGUUUUGAUACUGAUUUGCCCUCUAAUCCCAAAGCAGAGACGUUUGUCGUUAUUCUUGUUUCGAAUAAUUCCUUUUUUGUGUAAAUUAUUAUUAUUCUAUUUUUGCUUGAGGAACUUUUUGUUAUUUUUUUUUAAAGAUAAUUAUGUGUAUUAUAGUGCUGUUGUAUUGAUUAGUAAGGCACGAGCGUCUUAAUUUAUUAUUUACAAAUGUAAGACCAAUUUAUUACAACGUUAAAUUACUAUGUAAUUUCUGUUAAUAAAAUAUUUAUAAAAAAAAAUCACUAUUCAAUUGAUUACA